CGCAUCAUAACUCCCUGCAGGAUUUGUUCUGGCAGGAAGAUGGAAUAAAUUAUUAAAAAACAUCGAUGGAGAUCAAUCUACGGCAGUGAUGGCGGGAUAGAGGGGACAGACUUCAAAUGUCCAAAAUGCAUUUUUCAUACGGAAGCAGUGACAGAAGUUAACCUACUUAACAUGUGCUUAAAAUUAGUAAUUGUUGGAUCAGAUGACCGCAAAAAUAAAUAAUAAAUUAGUAGAUAAACACUAAGCAAGACGGUCCAUACCGCAUCUGCAGAGAGUAUCUGCGACUCAAGUCGCAUCCCUACGUCGCUUUAUGUUUCCUUUUCGUGGGCUGCACAGUAACAUAGCGGUUGGUAAGACUUACACACCUCGACACAAAAUGAAGCCAGUCGCUGAUGCCACAUAACCACUGAAGAGGUGCUUCUGGAGCUCGUUCUGCAUUAAACCAUCGGGGACGGUGCAAACUUCCGAACGCACAAGGCGAGAGACGCUGGAGAGGAGGGGGUGCGCCUCCCAUUCCGAACGGUAAUGUGCACCAGGCGCUCACCUGCGAUGGAGUCCCACAGCGCCUGCAGGACCUGAGCAGACGGGGCUAUGGGAGAGACGGCAGCCGGCAAAGCUCCUGGAAGUGCGCUCUUCCUCACCUGGGCUGUGCUCUUCACAGCAGCUGUCUCUGCGGAGGUGAAAUGUGGCAGCAUUUACAAAGGAUUUUCAGACUGCGUGUUGAAACUUGGAGACAGCAUGGCCAUGUAUCGGGAAGAAGACAGUGCUGAGCGUGGAUUGCAGAUCAUAUGCAGCCACUGGGAAACCUUCCAUACAUGUGCCACAGCUGCACUUUCAGAGUGCCAGGAGGAAGCGGGAAAGAUCUGGGAGACAUUGAAAGAAGAGUCCAAGAAAAUUCGGUUCCAAGGAAGUCUGUUUGACCUAUGCAGUCCUAACACGGCCCCAAGGCUCAUGGGGCUGAUCAGAUCUGGAAAUUUCUUGGUGCUGUUUCCUGCUACUCUAGUUUGGCUGGCACUUUAGAUAUGACAUUAGCCGAGUGUCCACUUGGCCAACACCUCAAGGCUACCAGCCAUCCCCUCAGUGCAGGGCAACAUGGGCUGCAGUGCACAAAGUACUUACUUGAGCAGAUCUUCAUCUUGAGUCACAGGAACGGAUGCUCAUGAUCGACUCAAUAAAAAUUAAGAGUAGCCUGUCUAUUGACCAAUGAAUUUUCUGUCCAUAUCUUUGAAUAUUUAAGUUAGCAAAAAAAACCCGCUUGCCCACAGACCUGCUCUCAGUAUGCAAGCAGCUAGAGCUCAAUUUUCAAUGCUUUUAAGGUAAAAUACACAAUAACUGUGAAAAAAUAGCAAAAUCAUCAUGUAAAAUCAAAAUGUAAGCAUAGAACAGCAAUCAUUGAAAUAAUUGUAGCGAAAUAAUAUGGGGAGUUAAUCCUGGUUAAAAGUUAUAGUCAGCGUUAGAUUUUACUCUGCAGAAGAGAGUAACAGAAGUUAUAGACAUGUGACUAGUUUUAGAAAUGAGGCCUGCAUAAAUACAUAGUGGAGAGUGUCACCUCUCCUGAACAGCAAAAACAGAAAACAACUCAGAAGUUAAGAAUGUAGAAAUGAUGGUUCCCUUGAGUGUUAAAUGGUGUAAAUGGGCAUGGCCGGAUGAGACUAGCUUACCCAUAGCUAACAUAAAGCAGUGACUUGCUGCAACACUGGGAAGAGCAGCUCCACUCUAGCUCUCUUUGCAGUCUGAUGUCCCUGGAUUUGUUUGUUUACUGAGCUCACAGAUAAUAAGAAACCUAUUAGAGUGGCAAUAAUGUUCUUGGGUGGUCAUGAUCUUUCAUUAUGGUUCUCCAGGAGAUUUCUAUGCAUGGUUGCUUACUAGUAGCUUGUUGUAGUGUACAAAGAUGGUUACUAUUCAGAAUGAGCUAUAAUGAACUUCUCAUCUUCCCCUUAUCUCCACCUUCAUUCAGACACAUAUCUAUGGCUAUUGUCAUUGCAACAUGGACUGCAAAUGUAAAAUCAGCUGUGGUCAUGUUGCCACUUUUUACAAUUUUAUUUCUGCCUUUGACUUCUUAGUACAGAUUGUCAUGCUUAAAGCUGUGACUUUUUGUGACCAUCAAGGUAUAAGGAAAGUAGAAUGUCCAGUGGUUGCUCUGGGCCUUGUAAUCCAUAUUUUGCAAAAGCAAUCCAGUUAAUAUUGAAAAAAUGACUUUCAAUUCCUUUUGCAGUGUACAUGCAGUCUGAAAACAUAAAAUAAAUGGUGAAUAAACAAGCAGCAUAAAAUUAAAGAAAGACAAUGGCUGUUAAUUAAUGUCUUUAUUAUAAAAACAGUCAGAACAGAAAAUGAAGCAAUAGAACAGAUCCAUUUGUUCAAGCCCUUUUGUUCCUACCUUCUUCUUAGGCUAUAGUAUGUCCACACUACUGCAUUUUCAUUUAAGAAUGGAGUUUUUUUUUUAAAAAAAAAAAAAACAAUCUUUGUGCCCACUAGCAUUUUCACAUCUUUUAUGAAACUAUUCUCAUCCAUACUAAAACGACCAAAAAUGACAUAAUCAUCCAUCUACACUGAACAUGCGUUCAGCAUAGAUGUCGUAAUCCAGAGAUACAAUAUGCAAUUUUGGCAUGAUUUUAAAUCCAAUUUCCACUUGCUGACUGAUUUUCUGAGUCAACUCAAAUUUGAACUUCAUUGGCUGUUGUUUCAUGUGCAGUGCGAGAGUAGAUGCGAUGCCUGAUUGCAUUUCAUGACUGGUCUGUUGCCCGAGCGAAAACAUUUUUGUCACGUCAGAAAUUUCAGUUGGCUGUCUUGUGGGAUGAGCAGUCUCAUGAGCUGAUUUUUUUUGUCAUACUCAGAUUUCCCAAAAUGUAUUGUGCAAUAAGAGUGUGUAUUGUACAUGUAUAGUCAGAAGACCCACGAUGUGGCAUUUCAAGUACAGUAAUCCCUCCUCGAUCGCGGGGGUUGCGUUCCAGAACCCCCCGCGAUAGGUGAAAAUCCGCGAAGU